AAGGAUUCACACUAUGAAUGAACCUCUGCACGUCCGAGCGGAAGAGACUUUACGUGUGUUUACACUCAGCGGGAGUCACGGCCCCCUGGUUUGGAUACAACUGAUAAUCAUGACGGAAUCUGCCAUGAUUAGGUGUUGAAAUACAGCUCGACGUGUUCGUGUCUGUGACGCGAUGAAGACGACGAAGACGAUGCUACGCGGGUCUAAGCUAGCCGCAGCUAACGGCUAGCAGCUGUGUUGUGAUGAAGAGGGAAUGCUGUUAAAAGAGGAGGAAGGUGUAAAAAUGUGUGAAAUGAACAACGCUGGCUCCCGACCCCCGCAGGCGCCAUCCGGGUGGAAGAGAAGCAGCAGCCAUGAAAGAAGCCGGUGGAGAAGAACGUGGAGGCGAGGCUCUGUUUGAGGACCGGGACUUUCCUUCGGAUGACACCUCCUUGUUCUGUGACCGCUCCACGCCCAUCGCCGGGCUGCAGGGCGAGAUCACCUGGAGACGCCCACAGGAGAUCUCCCAGUCACCAGCUCUCUUCCAUGACAAAACUAGCCUGUGUCAGGCCAAACAAGGCUUAUUAGGGGACUGCUGGUUUCUCUGCGCCUGCACCUUCUUGCUCAAGAACAAGCAGCUGCUGAACAAGGUGCUGCCUCCAGAGCAGCCCCAGUGGGAUGACAGCAGGUACAGGGGCUCCUUCCAGUUCUGUUUUUGGCAGCAGGGGCACUGGACAGAAGUGACCAUCGAUGACCGGCUUCCCUGUAUCGACUCCACUCUCUGCUUCUCACGCUGUCAAUCCCCCGCUGCCUUUUGGGUGGCCCUGUUGGAGAAAGCCUAUGCCAAGCUUCACGGCUCAUACGAGCGACUGUGGGCCGGGAAGGUGUCCGAGGCCCUGGUGGAUCUUACCGGAGGCCUGGCUGAACGCUGGAGCUUGGGAGUCGCUGAGGAGGAGGAGGAGCAGCGGCCAGAACGGGACAGUGACCAGGUCAGCAGAAGAAGCCUGGACCUGAACCUUCUGUAUCCGGUGAAAGAAGAGUGUGCGGUUAGCUGCUCCACUCACAGCAGCCCGGGAGGUGCCAGUGAGCUGGGUCAGUACCACGCGCUUAAUGUCAUGGAGUGGGUGGAGGUCCAGAGGGUGUCCGGUAGCAAAGUACUACUGCUCAGGAUCAGAAACCCCUGGGGAAGAAGCUGCUGGGGAGGGGCCUGGAUAGGGAGUGGUUCUGGUUGGAGUUCUGUCGACCCCGUUUGUGCUUCGGAAUUGCAAGCCAGGGUUGCGGAGGGCGAGUUCUGGUUGGAUGAGACGGAAUUCCUGUCCCAGUUUGAUGAUGUCACAGUGGGCUACCCCAUCAGUGAAGGAGGGCAACUAAAAAGCCUCUAUACUGGAAAUCUGCUGACGCACAACCAGCAGCUGGCUGGCCGCUGGACGGAGGGGCACUCCGCCGGGGGCAGCAGAAACAGCGGCAGCUACAGCAGCAACCCCAAGUUCUGGCUCAAAGUGUGUGGGAGAGGCGAGGUGCUGGUGUCCCUGCUGCAACACCGAAAACGGAGAACCGCGGAUCGAUGCCCACUGGAGGACGGCAAGAACACAGCUCACCAGCACUACCAGGCUAUCGCUCUGCACAUGUGGAAGGUGGAGAAAAGGCGUUUUCAUCUCAGCCGGAUGUUGAACAAGCCUCCAUGUGCUUCUACUCACUGCCAUGCCUUCGAGAGAGAGGUGGUCCUCCGGCAGCAGCAGCUGGAGCCUGGAUACUACCUGCUGAUACCCAGCACCUACCAGCCGGGAGCUGAGGCCCGCUUCCUCAUCAGGGCCUUCUCCUCCUCCGCCACAUCCCUCAGUGCCCUGAAAAGCCCAGCACCUACACUGCCAGUGGAAACAGAUGGAGAGUGGGAGACCAGUUACUUCCGAGGCUCGUGGGUGGAGGGGAAGACAGCAGGCGGAAGCAGGAAUUUCCUGUCUCACCGGCAGAACCCCCGCUUCCCUUUCACAGUGUGCGAUGAGUCAGCCGUGACAGCGGGAGAUAAUGUCAGGAUUACGCUGCACCAGAGGCGCCCUGACGCAGACCUCCACCCCAUCGGCUUUCACAUUUACAAGUAUCCAGAAGGGGAAUCUGAGCCGACGUUGGCCGGGGACGAGGAUCCGGCUGCCAGUUGUGUCCCUCACUGCCACACCCAGGACGUCAGUCUGGCCUGCCGUCUUUCUCCCGGAGGCUACGCCGUAGUGCCGUCCACCUAUCGGCCCGACUGCUCGGCCAACUUCACCCUCAGCCUGGCGCGCAGAAUACACAGGAAGGUGGUGAAAAGCCAGGAGAGUCUGGGCAGAGCCAUUCAGGAGAUCUCUCACAUCUCUGUGAUGCAAAGCUAGUUCUCUGGGACUGUUGCUGCUCCACUGAUGUCGGCUGGCCUCCCGGUGCCUCCUGGCCCACGAUGAAAGAACCAGCUCUCCCAUCCACCCUCACCAUGGAGGCUGUGUGUGUGUGGAUUGAUUUAUACCACCAAGUGUCUGAGAAGGCAGGCAGGCAGAUUGGCAGGCCGAUUCAGUGGGGAUGUGUGUGUGUGUGUGUCGGGAAUCCUGGAAACCCCUUUAUUCUGAACCGCUGAGGCUCAGGGUCCGAUGGGCAGCCACAUGCUCAUCGGCGAUUAGGACAUCAGAGGCUGUCGGUGGGCUGGGCUGCUAAUGAAGUAUGACGGGACUUGGUGGUGUAAACAAACAGCCGCAAUUGAAGAGGGCCGCCGCUGCUCUUGCUCAUUCACUCAGUGGUACGCCUGCCGGCCCGGAACAAAGGGUCCUCUCAUGAAGGUCCCCACAGAGGCACAGGGGGCGAGGGGUUGGUCUCUGACAGCAGAGCCAACCACACCACACCACACCAUAACGUGCCAUACCAUGCCAGACCUUUCCUCCCCGCCCGUCACCCACAAAUACUUCGUUCCUCACCUUGCUUGUGUUGUUUUUCUGACAAUACUCAGGUUUCUUUUUAGUUCUCAUUUGCAAAAAUGACAGUCAGGCCGGACCCCAAAAAAGUCCACUUUGUUUUUGAUUCUAUCCUCAACCUCCUCCCCGUUCCACCCCCUCGACUCGGUCCACAGCUCUGCCUGGACCUGAACAGAGUCUUGGUUUGAAGUUGCCGCCAGAACAGAUGACAAGCGGAUGGAUUGAAGUGAUGAAACGAGGGAUGCGGCACAUCAGAGGAGGCCGGUUGAUGAAAAGGAGCCGCUGGCCCUCGUUGUGUUAAUGCUGCAUAAUGUGUGUUGGUGUGUGUUUGCCUGCUCCGAGGCACAGCCGCAGGGUUUCUGAUGACUCAUUAGACCCGGUACUAAACAGAUACCUUUUCCCAGCUGUAAUUAACCGAAUAAGGUGGUAGAGUGACUUGUAUUUAAUAUGAGACGUGAUGAAUAAAAUGUUAAAAGAUAAA